AACAGAACAAGCAAUUGAGAAAUGGCCAAGCCCACUGUUUCUGUGACACGAAAACCACUAAUUACCAGAAAGUGGACAACACGUGCUUGUGCCUCUGAGCGUAUCAUUUCUACCAAACCCACAUACACAUGCCAUUAUCAAAGCCAAUUAAUCUAAUCACCUAAUGAUGAUCAUCGACUGUAUCCUUCUCCAAUAAAAACCCAUCAGUUUCUACUAUUGCACCGAUCCCACCCCAUUCUUUGCUUGAUCACUGUACACACAUCACUCUUCAUUAGGUUGCUGCAUGAAUAUAUUCAUUAUCCACCCCUACCAAUUACCACCAAAGAAUCUUCAAGCCGGUUGUCAUGGCUAUAAAUACCCCGCCUCUGACGACGGAUGGGAGGCCUUUCGUCAUCAUCACAUCCUGCUGGCUUUAAUACCGAGAUGUGUACCGACGGACAAUGUGUCUCAACGUUUUGUUGAUUAAUAAUUCUGCAGAGGCUUGAAAAGUUGGUGUGCAUAUGGAUUCAGAAGGACUUACAUGAAAUAUUAUUGAUGGGACUAAUGGAUAAGGAUUGUAUCACUAAGGCUGAAGAUCUGGAAUAGGACACUGGUUUUGUUGGGGUGGUUUAUGUGUUCACCUGGUUCUAACGGUCAAUACCAAAAUUCAAUAUCAUGGUCAAGUACUUUUCAGGGAACGAUGGCCGGAGAUGGUGGAGAAGGCUACCAGGUUCUUCCCGUAAAUCGAAGACGAUGGACAGCGAUUCAGAGGAUCAGUAUGGAGAAGACGAUACCGAUCAUAACGAUCAUCGGAUUGGCAUGGACGGCGACGAGCCCCUCACCACCUCCACACCGCUGUAUUCCCACGGCAAGAAGAAGAAGAAACGGCCGGGUCUGUGGAAGCGCUUCAAGCACAAAACCAAACCCAUGCGCAAGAUCAGCACUCAGGUCAUGGAGAAGGCCCACCACAAGUCGCACGGACACUCCGACGACGAGAACAUCUCCUCGGCGAGAUCCCGCUCUUUCGUCUCCAAGUCAGAACCGCAACUCCACCAUGACUCCAAGAACUACAACUCUCUUCCACGUUCGCACCGAUUCGGUGGAUCGGUCAUCGAUCGUACGAAAUUGUUUGUUGAAACUGAUGGUAGGCAAACAUACUCCAGUGAUUCGGACACUGGCGCCAGGACUAACGGUACUGGUAUUGUUAGAAGAUCUAGUUCCUCGUCUUCCAGGAAAAUCUUGUCUUUCGAUGUGAACAGUGAGUCUAGGCAUUCUAAGAGCCUACCCACAGAUGGAGAAUUAGAUAUGGAUGUGCCUCAACUUGCUGCAUCGCCAGCAGCAGUUCGUAAACGCCUUAUGGAUAAGAAGCACGGAGACCAGUCCUCCUCCGCUCCCGAAUCCAGCCCCCACCGGACGACAUCCCUGCCCCUCACCAACCAAAACAACAACCAACAACACACCUCAGGGGGCAGCGAAGACGACUACCAUGGUAGGCGGAGCCGGGGGUCGUCGCUGGGCGCUGUUACCAUGGAAACCAACCAGCGGGGAUCGGGGGAUGAUGCAAUGGUGGGGGUGGAUGGGGGGUUCUUGUCGACGCAGGGGAUGAGCUUGGAGGAGAUGGAUGAGCGGGUGGCAGCAAGGUUCAGUGGGGUUCCUCAGCCGGGGCACUUCUACCGGUUAGAGGUCCAUUUGAAAGAGGGACGGGAUCUAGCAGUCAGAGAUUGGAGUGGCUCAUCGGAUCCCUACAUCAGGUUCAAGAUUAACGGCAAGCAGGUUUAUAAAUCUAAGACCAUCGUGCACAAUCUCAAUCCGAGGUGGAAUGAGGUCUUCUCCGUAGCCAUCGAAGAUGUCACCAAACACCUUCACAUCCACGUCUUUGAUUAUGACAUCGGUACUUCUGAUGAUCCUAUGGGCAACGCCAAGUUUGACCUCAUGACACUGAAGACGGGCGAACCCACAGAAGCAAAGUUGGACCUAUCAGAUGAUACGACCGAUGAGUACCUAGGCUACAUUGUAUUAGUCUUCUCAUUAAUACCAGUGAAUGAAGGGGAAUAUGCUGCUUUCAAUCUUCGGCUGAGACGAGACAACGAGAUGAGGUCAGGGAGUCAGAGAAAAGGGAAAUCCCAAACAUGGAUAGGGGUGGUGACCAUCACACUCCUGGAGGGACGGAAUAUGGUCCCUAUGGAUGAUAAUGGACUGAGCGACCCCUACGUCAAGUUCAAACUCGGCGGAGAAAAAUGGAAGUCAAGGGUUGAGAGUAAAACACUAAAUCCAAAAUGGAUGGAACAGUUUGACCUGAGGAUGUACGAGGAGCAAUCUUCAAUGCUGGAAAUCUCAGUCUGGGAUAAAGACUUGGGAUCUAAGGAUGAUAUCAUGGGAAGGUCACAUAUUGACCUUUCGACCCUUGACAUGGAACAGACCCAUCAGAUGACCAUUGAAUUAGAGGACAAUGCAGGAACGCUGGACAUCUUACUGACCAUCAGCGGUACUGUAGGAACAGAGAACGUUUCGGACCUUGCGAACUAUAAACAUGAUCCAAACCUGAAGAGGGAGCUCUGCCUCAAAUAUGGGCUGCUCAACUCUUUUAAAGACAUCAAGGAUGUCGGCUGGUUACAGGUCAAAGUAAUCAAAGCACAAAAUCUUCAAGCAGCUGAUAUUGGAGGUAAAAGUGAUCCAUUCUGUGUGUUAGAGUUGGUCAAUGCCAGACUACAGACUCAAACAGUUUACAAGACAUUACAUCCUGAGUGGGGAAAGGUCUUUACAUUGCAAAUCAAGGACAUUCAUUCCGUAUUAGAGGUGACGGUGUACGAUGAAGAUAAGCAUGGUAGUCCCGAGUUCCUGGGGAAGGUAGCAAUUCCAAUCUUGAAGGUGAAAUGUGGAGAGAGGAGGCCGUACACACUGAAAGACAAGAAACUGAAGAGAAGAGCCAAAGGAACUAUUCUACUGGAGCUUGACUUCAUCUACAAUGAUGUCAAAGCUGCUAUUCGAACCUUCAAUCCAAGAGAAAACAAGUAUAUGGAACAAGAACAAAGAUUCAAGAUAUCAGUACUACAAAACAAUCUCUCGAGGGUGAGUAACAUGGUAACAGACAUAGUGAGCGUUGGGAGAUUCAUUAAUAGUUGCUUUCAAUGGGAAAGCAAGCUACGUACAAUCAUUGCAUUCGCUGCCUUCCUCAUCAUUGUAUGGAACUUCCAGUUGUACAUGGCUCCACUGGCAAUCCUAAUGCUCUUUACAUGGAAGUUUGUAGAGCAAUGGAUUGUCUCUUCGUACACCAAACCACCGGAUGAGGAUGACUAUGAGGAUAGCUCGGGAGAGGAAGAUGAGGCGGAGGAGAAAGACAAGAAAAAGGAAAAGAAGACGGAGAGUAAAAGAAGUUUCAAGGAGAAGUUACAAGCAAUAGAGAGGGUUUGUCAGACAAUACAGAACACCCUCGAUCAAGUAGCAUGCCUUGGAGAGCGAGUCAAGAACACCUUCAACUUCACCGUACCUUGGUUAUCCUACCUGGCCAUCAUAGUCCUGUGCAUAGUGACUAUCGUACUCUACUUUAUACCUCUUAGAUAUCUCAUUCUUGCGUGGGGUAUCAACAAGUUCACCAAGAAGAUCCGAAAGCCUCAUGCCAUUCCAAACAAUGAACUAUUAGACUUCCUUUCAAGACUUCCCUCAGAUACACAACUUAAACAGUAUCGAGAGCUCAGGCCUGAACUAUCAAGAACGGACUCUCCUAAAAAGAAGAAAUAACCAAGUGGCUCUUCAUGUUUGAAGAAAAUGAAAUAUAGGUUCUCUUGCUACUACAUGUAUCUGAGCUGAAGACUG